UUGUACUGGUUUUUUAAUUUUAUUUUAUUAAUACAAGUGUUCUUGCUAUUCUUUGCAGGUUACAAGCUUCUGAAGACUUCAGUGGGUUCUCCGAGUAAACCAACAGGUAUAGGAGGAAGCUAGCCACAUGCACAUACACAUACAAGCGCGCGCGCACACGCACGCACGCAUGCACACAGAGUAACAUACACACAUGCACAAAAACACACAUGCAAAAAUAAGGCGCGACUCCUUUAAGAGCUGUCAAGGAAUACCACGCUGGAACCUUGGCCCCGCCCCUUUCACCUAAAUAGGCGGGGACUAGGCGCUUGACGGGCAGGUAACUUUCCAUUCGGACCCACGUGGUUACGCAAGCCUCCUGCCGCAAGGCUCCCCAUGCCCCGCCCCGCCGUCCGGGAUAGGCCAAGAGUCCUUAUUCGGCUCCGCCCCUCUGCAGUGUUUGGACAGCGUUGGGAGGUGGGCCACGCCCCUUCUCCUCUUAACUCCAGCUAGGCUGUCCGGGCUUGUAAGCUUCGCCGGUUGGCCGCGGCUCAGAGUCCGGUAGUGGCCGUAUCCAUGCAGUGAGGGAGGAAUACCCGGCAGGCCGGUGAAAAUGAUACUCUGCCCCGCUAGCACGGAACAUCCCCGCGGAAAACAGUGCCAUAGGCUGCAGGUAAGCGGGAGAUCCUCUGAGAUGCUGGCAGUGACUGUCUUUGCAGGGCUUAAGGAGACCCCCGAGGGAAAGGGGCGUAGAAGUCCCCUCAUUUAAAAUCACGCUCACUUCGGGCUCACUUCCCGCUUGCACAGCUUAAAUGCUGCAGCAGCGGCACGACCAACAAACUCAUUCCACAGACCCUCCGCGCUUGCAAAUUCCACCACGUCCGUAGAACAACCUCCCCCGAGGUGGCCGGUUUGGGGCGCUGGCGCCGCGUCCGAAGGGGUUCGUUUAAAAGGGAUUCUUGUGGCAGCCGGGUCAGAGGAGGGUGCAAUUUCUAGAGUAAGCAAAGAGUUCCAAGCCCCGCCGGCGUUUGCUGGCGAGUCAAUCGCGCCGGUCGGAUGGGGUGCACACGCCCCCUCCUCCAGUCCAUUCCUGACAGCGGGUGAAUGCUACGGAUCCCCGCUUCUCAAAAGCAUGCGAGCCGUUGAAGUUGCAGCCGGAACGUGCGUGUUGUGUCCCCCACCUUCCCCCCACAAAAACCCUGCGGUGGACUUUUUCUCUUUAAUUGGGGGGGUCCCUGAACGUCGCGCCCCCAGAGUGCCCUUCCCCCACUUGCAUUGCUUUCUUGGCGUAGCUGAACCUCCUAAGGGCAGGAGAGCCGGGGGCGGGCGUGGGGCGUAGAAGGCUCUCCGCUGACUCUCAGGAUUAGGACCCCUCAGGAAACGGGCGUGCGGGGGGAGAGGCAUGGUGCUUGCCGCCCUGCUUCUCCCUCCGCUUCUUCACAUCCAUCCGGAGCGGCUGUUUGUCCGGUGCGUCCCUGGAGCGCUGCCCGUGCGCGUUCGGCCUCCGCCGCUCUCUUUGUCCUAGUCCGGGCGGCAGAGGCAGGGAUGCGGGAUGCUGCUGCCGCCGCUUCUUCUUCUUUCUCCUCCUCCGCCUCCCCGCGCUGCCAAUCAAAGUUGUUUUUCUCUUUUUCCUCCUGCGUUUCGUCGGUGGUGCGGCUAGGGGGCGCUGCGGCCCGCUCGCUGCGGCGGGGGUGGGUGGGUGGGUGGGUGCAUAGAUGGAUUGGGGGGCGCGCCGGCAGGGAGACAAUGGGGCCGCUACCGGGACGGGAGAGUGGGCCGUCACUGGUCCAGCUGCUGCUAAGGCUUCAAGAGGGGGCGUGUUCUUUGGGGUUUCCCCGAGAUGUUGCGUUUUGGAAAGCCUUUUUAAAAAGGGAAUUCAGGGUUUCUGCACCGCCCUGCAGAGACCACCGCACACUCCCCCAUUUUGGUGCUGCUGCUGUCCGUGCUUCUCGUAGUGUUUCACUUUGCUUGGAGGUAUAAACCUCUCGCUUCCCCAGGGUGCGCCCCCUUGUUUAUAAUUCUCCCACUUGAAGAUGGAGGUUGGCUGGCUUCUGUGUGUUGGGUGUUUGGGGAGAUGGGGGGGCGGGCGAAGAAGCACCCUGGUAAACUGUGCAUCCUGCUCCCCCAAAACACGUAUCAGCCUAUCUCUCUGUUCUCGUUGUUGUUCCCUUGAUGGUUAAUCUGCCACUUGUUCGAAACAAUUCUGUAAAAUGAUGUUGGAGUGUUUUUUCCCCUCCCUUCACAUUGGGUUGUAAGUUUUUCUCAGGGUAGGCACAUCGGAAUGAAUGAACCUAAGUUAGUCAGGGUCAUUAAUUUUAAUGGACUCUUCUCUGAGCAGCACAAGCAUUUGUAAGAACCGGUUGGCGUUCAUCUGCACCUUGGUUCAAAGAAUUUCAUCUGUUCCCAAAGCAGAGUGGUGGUGGUCCAUCACACUUGCAUGCAUCUAGCCUGCAUCCACACCAUACAUUUAAAACACAUUCCUCCCUCCGCUCCAAAAGGAAAAGGAAUGCUGGGAACUGUAGUUUAAGGUGCUGGGAGCUGCAGCUCUUUGAGUGGUGAGUGACAGUUCCCAGGGUUCUCUUUGGGAAGAGGGUGUGCUUUAUAUGUGUGUUGUAUAUACAGAAAGAGAGGGCAUCUCCAGGACCAAUAGCUUACUAGAUUACUUAUUCAUCAGGGAGAUGGAGAAGGCGUGUAUGGGGGGGGGAGAGCCUAGACCCCUCCUUUCAGGGCAUGUUAAAAAUAAAGCAGGAGCUGCAGUGAGCUCCCUCUGAACAGGACUCUGGCACAAGACCUCUGCGACUAACUUGCACAGAACUCUGGUGUGUCCAGACCAGGUGGAGUCUCUGAAGUUCCUGAGGCUCGAAGGCCAGGCUUUGGCACUUCCACUGACCCCACUGCUGCAUCACUUCCCGGUGUUGCUUUUUCUAAUUUUAUUUUAGAGUUCAGGAAUGUUAUUUUAAGGCCCUGUUAGACUCUGAAGGAGUGGGGUACCCCGCCUGGAUAUGUGAAACUGAGUGAUUUUCCACUGUCCCGUCCUCCUUCUCUGCUCUGUCUAUUUGCCAUGAGUUCCAGCCUCGAUGCAUAUGGGUGAGUGAGGGAGUAGUGGUAGAAAAGCCCCAAAGCCCUGGGUGGGUGGGUGGGUGGGUGGGUCGACUUCCCAGAUCUUAAAUGGACUGCACAAGACUUGCCUUAAUGUUAUCCAUAGCUCAUUGCAGACUGAGAGGGAGAGUUGUUUGUAUUGCUGUACAGGCAAGCGAUGCUCUUAGGCACCUGCAAUUGGUACAGUUUUUGCACUAUCUGUUGGGUUAGCUCAAAAUCUGUUUAUGGGGCUCUGGGUGAGAUUUGAGCCUGAGCCUCCCCUGAAUGAUUAUUUAAGUGGGAGGCAGGAGCCUCUCUGGCUUGGAAAGACCAGCUGAAGAUUUCAGGGGGUAGGCUGGAGGGUAAAAUGCAUGUGAACCUGGGCUUUGAGAUACAAGGACUUGUAGGAAGGAGCCCUCCAUGGCAGAAUCACUGAUAACAAAUGUCUGCUUUGAUUAGUUUGUUCAAGGAAGGUAUCCAAGGAACCUUGGCUUUCAUUAAAAGAAAAUAAGUGGGGAGAAAUGAGCUUCUAGUCCUAGAGGGUGUAAACUGACCUGUGCAGUGAUUGGUGAAAUUAUCUGUAGGGUUUGGGGGCUGAAUCUAGUGUCUUCUGAUUGGGAGGGAAGAAUUCAGUGAUACAUUUUCCUCUCCCUUCACUCUUCUCUAGCAAAAAUAGAUAUAACAGAAAUUAGUGCAAUUAGACUUAAUGGUGCAUUGCUUCUACAUGGUGGCAAAAUAAAAUAAAAAAUGUGUCAGCACCCUUGUAUCCCGCUUGUGGGUUUCCCAGUGGUAUCUAGCUGGCUGUUGUGAGACACAAAGUGAUGGACCCUUGCUCUGGUCCAGCAGCCGGACUCUUAUUAAAACAUGGCAUGCACUUAUUUAUAGCCCAGAACUGUGUGCAGCCCUGAACCCACAAAGAAAGUGCCCAAUUCUAAGUUUUCUUCUAACACCCAGUCAGCUUCCCAGAGAAGGGCAUUUUCUCUUUUCUCAGAUGAUGGGGACACAGUCUCUUUCCACCGAGACCCCAUUGCCCCCUACCAUAUUAAGCAGCAGAUUAAGAUGCAGUUGCUUUCUCUGGCCAAUGGGAAUGACUGCUUUUUAGACGUGCUGUUGGGCUGCUUGAUCUUUUGAUAUUGUGAUGCUCGGCUUUCUUUAAUAAUUUGCUGUGUCUGUCGUUGGUUGUAUGCUUCUUGUACUGAUUUGUGCACUGCAACGGUUACGCACCUGGGAAUCUUCGUGUGGUAGAGCAUCUCUGUUGCCUGCAGAAGGUCCCAGGUCCAAUUCUGGGUCUAUCCCAGGAGAACUGCAAAAGGCUCUGGUCUGAAACCUUGGGAAAUUGUUCCCAGUCAGUGUGGAGAAGGGGUGGGAAACCUUAGGCCAGGAUGUGACCCUCCACUCCUGGUUCUGACCCCUGGAACUCUCCCCAUGCUGCUCCCUUCACUGAUCUUGCUUCAAAUCCAAACUGUUUUGUUUGUUUUUUGCCUAGCUGGAAUGUACCCUUGAACUCUCAUAAUGCUUCUUGGUUUUCUGGAUGGAGGAUAUAGAGGAUAUUGAGGAUUUGGUGAGUGUGUGUAGGAUCUAGCCUACCAUACAAACGUAAAAUUUUCAGUCUUUGCUCCUCUUACUUUUGCUUCUGGCCUCACCCACCUCUGGCAUGUGGCCCUUGGGAGAUUGCCCAGAAGGGAACGCGGCCCCUGGGCUGCAGAAGGUUCCCGUUGCAGAAGAUACUGAGCGACAUGGACCACUGGUCUGACUCGGUAUGAGGCAGCUUCCAACACCCCUACAAGUUUAAUCAGUAAUAAAAACAACUCCUGCCUUUGAGACACAUUGCGUUCCAUGAGCUUGCAAUUUCACUUUCUCGCUGCACCUGUCAACCUCUUCUUGUUAUCACCCUCUUCUCCUGUUCCCAAAAAGAGCAGCUGGGGGACACAAAGCACCUUUCUCAUUCUCCUCCUUCCCCUCCCUCCCCUCCCGCUCCCUCCCCAGGUAGCAAAGAUGAGUGCUGGUGACAAAGAGAGGACUUCCCACUUGCUCUUUGUGAAAGCCCUGGCUACCCGCGGGUGCCUCGAAGCAAUAAGCCAGCAGAUGGGAUAUCACCCGCAAUACCUGGACAGUUUCCUCCGGAUGCAACACUACCUACUGCACAUGGAUGGGCCGCUGCCAUUCUACUGCCGCCACUACAUCGCCGUCAUGGUGAGUGAGGGGGAGCCAGCCCUCAACGUGGCACCUUUGGCUUAAAGGGCCAGGUGCACUCGCACUCCAGGCUCCAGCAAGAGCUUGCUCGGCACCUGCCUGUUGGCACAAGCCAGCCUUUUCCAACCUGUUUGGACUGCAUCAGCCCCAGCCAGAACAGGUGUUGUAGUCCAAAACUUCUGGAGUAACCAAAGCUGGUUCCGCUGCCAUGCAAACGCUGUGUGUGUGUGUGUUUCAUUUGUUUGCUACAGCUGUUGGUCUCACUCAGCCCUUUCACCCCACACUUCCCCCAUUUUACGCACCAGUUUGCUGUUAUUGGUUUGGAGCUGCUCAUAACCUUGUGUUGUCUCUUGUCCGUUGGGUCUGGUGAGGGUUUAAGGGAGGAGGCAAAAGCAACAGGGUCUAUGAAAGGCAGGGCCAACUUAAUUCUAGGCUUUGUACCUGUCUUCCUCCCUAUGAGGAUAAGGAUGAGGAAGCAGGCAGUCAGUGCCACCCUCUGCACUAGUAAAAAAGGCGGACACAUGGGGUCUGGUUGAAGGAAAGCUGAGGUUAGGGAGGCAGUGCCCCACCUGUCCUCAUGGACCAUCCUCUGCUGCCCAGACCUUUAUAGCACUUGUGGAGUGCCUCAGGGGUGCUGCACAACUGGGCAUACAUACCAGUUGACUUCUUCCCACAUUGCCUCCAAAAUAGCCUCUAUAUGAAAAGCACAUUGCACUAAACACAUUGUUCAAGAUGCCUGUCCUCAUGGGCCAAGCAGAACAGACUCCCUUGGGGGAUUGUAGCCUCUCCUUCUUUGGAGGUUUUUAAGCAGUGGUUGGGUGCUCAUCUGUCUUGGAUGCUUGAGCUGAGAUUCCUGCAUUGCAGAGGGUUGGAUGAGAUGACCCUCAGGGUCCCUUUCAGCACUACGUUUCUAUGAUUCUGAGUGUAUUUAAUGUGCCUGUUGCAUCUCUUGCAGGCAGCUGCCCGGCACCGGUGUCGAUACUUAGUGAAUCUACAUGCACUGCAGUUCCUGAGGGUGGGUGGUGACCCUCAGUGGCUGAGAGGCUUAGAAUACAUCCCCCCAAAACUCCAAAGACUCAGCGAGAUUAACAAGAUCCUGGCACACCAGCCAUGGCUCAUUGGCAAGGAGCACUUCGAGGUAACACCGUGGGGCUGUGCAGAAGGAAUCUAGCAGGGAAUGGUGAUACGGUUGGGAGUCUCCAUUCAUCCCCAUUGUAAAUGCAGCGGAGCCUUUGUGCUCACACCUGCUUCUGCACAUGCAUUAAUAAUAAUAAUUCAUUUGACUCAAACUUUUCCAUUGCAAUACUUUUAUUAUUUUAAUAAUAUUACUAGGAUCAUCAUUAUUAAAUCUGUAUGCUGCCUAAAUUGGCUUUUAAGCAAGUUUACAACUUUAAAACCAACUGCACACAAUAAACACACAUAAUACAAAAUACACAAUGAAGCAAUUCUGUCAAAAUGUUAAGAUAAAUGGCAACCACAACUGAGAUACUGGCAAGCGGGUGUGAAGCCUAACUUAAAACAGGCAGCUGGAAUAAAUUUAAGGGCACAGAUUAAAUGACAGCUGUGUGAGAGGUUUUCCGUGUCUGGAAUGUGGGGUUCCUGGGAACUGAGGCCACUGGCUGCAUUCAGAGGUGAUUUUCCCCUUCUGUUGCUUCCCUUUCAGAAGCUGCUGCAGAUCAGGGAGGAGAGCUGGUCCCUGGCAGAACUGGUCCAUGCUGUUGUGCUCCUUGCCCACUACCAUGCACUGGCCAGUUUUGCCUUUGGAUGUGGCUGUGAACAAGACUUCCCGCCAGACGGCUUGCUGAAGCUCACGCUGCCGGGGAGCCUGUGCUUUUGUGAAGUCAACAAUGGCUGCAGCCAGGAUGUGUUUCAUCACAACCGCAAGAAGGUGCACUUGAUGCUCCGGGGGCUGGGAAGGGAGGUUGGGGUAUACAGAGAAGUGGGCAUGGUGAGAAGGCAGGAAUAUUCUGUACUUGAAACAUGGGAUUUGUGGCUCAGUGGUGGAGCAUCUGCUUUGCAUGCAGAAGGUUGCAGGUUCUAUCCCCAGCAUCUCUAGGUAGGACUAGAGAAAUCCCCGGCCUGAAACCCUGGAGAGCUGCUUCCAGUCAGUGUAGACAAUACUUGAUGCACCACUGGUCUGACUGAUCAUCAUGACUGUGGUUGGGUGGGGAGGAGCCCUUCUUGGACUGGGAGCCAGCAAAACUCUUUGGUGUUUUCUCCCCCCCCCCGGCCUGCAGUCUAUGGAUUCCUGUGCGGAGGUGGAGUCUCUACAAGAGCGCAUUCACAAGCUGAAAGUGGAGAAUGAGGCACGGGAGGAGAUGAGAACACCUGAGAGGGAAGAAGGUAAUGCCUAAGAAGGGUAUUGGACGCUGGUGGAUGCCAGUGGUGGCAGCCACUCGUUGGGACUGGUGGGGUGGAAGGCAGGGAGGCCAACAGUAGAUGGCACCAGAGCCCAUGGCAUGGAGAGCCAGCUGCUUCUAGCUUCUACCUCUUCCUCCUCCCUGCUGUGUUUGACAAGGCCAACACUGAGACCAAGGAGGAGGAAGCUGGCAGGCAUUGCCAUCAUCUGGGCUGGGAAAGCUCAGUCUGUAGAACAAGAGGCUCUUAAUUGCAGGGGGUUGGACUAGAUGACCCUCAUGGUCCCUUCCAACUCUACAAUUGUAUGGUUCUAUGACUGGUAGUGAGCAUGAUGGCAGGCAGGCAGGCGGGGGCAGCUGUAAACAGACUGAGUUCGGUGGGGCACUGCCUGUUUGCCCACAUGGACCAACCUCCAUUUAGGUAAGGCUGCAGGAGAACAUUCUGGGUGGAGACAUUUCUGCAUGCAGGGAGUGAAUGCAGUACUAUCAUGCAUACACACACACACACACACACACACACACACACACACCCUGCUUUUUCUCCAAGGCCCCUCUCCUUUUCCUUUCAACACAGCUUUCUUAUUCUUUUUUCUUUUGCUUAUAUGUACCUGGCUUCCAGCUUGCAAUGGUGAAAUUUCUGGCACCACAGACAUCUCUUGCUUCAUUGAAGACCCCAGUUUUGGGUACCAGGAUUUUGCUCAGCUUAAUGAGAACCAACCACAGAUAUUCUGUGUGCAGGUACAUGCUUAUUACAUUUUAAUUUACACAACCUUUUAAUAUUUCAACCUCUAAGCAGGUUGCACAUGUCAGCUGAAACCCAUGCAAAAAACUCAAAAUUCUGCAUUCCGUACUGCUGCUGCUAAUGGUAAUAAUAAUGACAAUGAUAAAUUCCACAUUUUGAGUCACCUAAUUCAGCAACAAUGAAUUUCAUAGCAAAAUAAACACAAGUAGUAAAAACCACAAAAUAUGUGGAAUAUCAAGACACAGCAUCAAUCUACAAUGCAAUUGCAGAAUAUUUCUAGAAAAAUUUCACAAAUGUUACAAAGUUGCUGCGUUAAAGUGGCUGGGAUUGAGUGGUGGUGAUCCCCCUGAAAAUGUCCUGCACAGUUGCGGGGGACAGAAUCGGCACAGAAACCUUGCUGGUCCUCCCCAGCCUGCAUUGGGGGCUGCUGGUGGCACCCUCCCUCUGCCUUUCCUUAUCUGUCCUUUCUCUCGACCCACCUUUUAUCUUCUUUUCUUUUUGGCAGGAUUACUCCUGGGCAGACCACGGCUUCUCACUGGUGAACAGGUUGUACACUGACAUCGGGUUUCUGCUAGACGACAAGUUCCAAAAGGUCCAAAAGCUCCAGAGCUGUGUGCUGGCAAAGCGGCAGGGCUGUGACCCAGCCACGUUCAAGCGCAGCGUGUGGAACCACGUCCACUCCAUGUUCGGCAUCAGGUAGCCACUUCCUUCGCCCGUCUCUCCUGUGCUCUGUGGGGGACCAAGCUCUUGUCCAAAAACACCCCCUGCCCGUCCCUGAGCAGUGUGGAACUGAUGCAUGGGGGGCUUUAGAAAGCAAGCCAGGCCACAUACUGUGCGGAACGCAGGGCUGGAUUAACCACUAAGCAAAAUAAGCACCUGUUUAGGGCAUCGGGGGAAGGGAGGCACCACAUAAAUUUUCCAUUACUGGAUUUACUGCCAUGGACCAUACGGUGCAGCUGAACGAGGUUCCACAAAAAAGCCUCUCACAAUAAAUGAAAAUAUCGCGCGCGCGCACACACACACACACACACACGGUAAUAAAAUAGCAAUAAUAGAGAUUAAUAAUAUACAGUUAUUGUUUAUAUUCUGAAUUAGAUAUAUAUGGAGGCACUACAGCCUAGCAUGAGGAAUCAUCCCAUUUCUCCCCACUAAGCCUAGUCUCUGCUGCACCCAUUUAAAGCAAGACUUGGGGAGGUUUUUUUCAGCCCAACGUAGUGGAUGAGGUCAGAGGCAACAGCAGGCUGAGCAAUGGAUGUGAUACUUACCUUCUAUAGAGCAGGCUACGUUCCGACCACCUGGGAAUCUGCCUUGUACCGGAGUCACACCUGUUGGUCCAUGUAACUCAGUGUUGGCAACUCUGACUGGGUACAGCUCUCCAGAGUAUCAGACAGGGAGUGCAAUUCACAGCCUUACUUGGCGAUGCCAGGGAAGUGAGUUUGGGAUGUUCUGCAUGCAAGGCAGGUUCUCUACCGCUGAGCCGCAGUCCUUCCUCAAAGCAAAACCCUGAGGUUUCUGCAUCCUGCCACACACCCUUUCAAAAUCUCCCCCACCCAGGAGAGGCAGUGUAGCUGAUCAGGGAGACAUGCCAGGCAGGGAAAAGCACCCGAGGAGGGUGCAUGGUACAUUCUAUGGAUCUGGGCAAGAUCCCUGCAGGAAAGGAUUUGGAGCUUCUGUUUCCUGCUUCUGCUGUAUGUGUGUAUGUUCAGGAACUGGAGAGCCAGCUGCCUUUCAGAGACAGGAGGGUUUGGACCAGAUCAUUCUCCUGGGCUCCGGCAAAUGUUUCGUUUUAGUUUCCUAAGCUUCAGCUGAGGAGGAAGCAGGCAGAAUUCCUGUUCGCCUAGGGCAUCUUGGAAUCUGGCUUGAAACUGACAUGUGUUUAGGGUGAGAGAAACUAUUCUGGUUGCCAGCUCCUGUGUAACUGCUGUUCUAUUCCAGGUAUGACGAUUACGACUACUCAGAGGUGAACCAGCUCCUGGAACAGACGCUCAAGCUCUACAUACAAACUGUGACUUGCACCCCAGAGAAGUUGGAUCAGGAGACGUUCACGCACUUUUGGAAGCAGUUCAAGCACAGCGAAAAGGUUAGAGAUAGCAGGAUUUGUGAGUGGAUGGAGGACAGAGGUGUGGUGGUCCAGGGAUUGCAGGGGUUGAAGACCCAUUACGGUUUCUACCUCAGGGUCCUGAAGCUGCCCAGUCUCAUGAAAGGGGAGCUUUUGGGCCACUGAGAAAAUGUCUUCUCUCCCUUUGUACUGACUGGAGCCCAUUGGGAGUGAAAGGAGGUGAGUUCAGCCACUGAGGAUGGUCUCCCAGGGUCACUCUGGAGGAGGAGCAUCAGAAGAACACCAAGGAGAAGUUGUUCUCCAUGCUCCAAAGCUGAGCAUUUAAUAACACUGAAAAAACAAGGUGCUGAAAAAACCACUUAAAUUCAAAAGAAGAUACCGGAGCACUCCAAAUCAUUUGCUUAUGUACAUGCACAGAAAAUAGCAGAUCUAGCCGAGAGGCAACACAUGGAGAUACAAUGCAUCUCUAAUUGCUUUUACUGCAUAAUUAUAAGAUCAUUGUAUAAUCGUAGAAGGGGGUGGGGUGUGUCUGUGACUGUCUGUGACUAUCCUGAAGGGAUCCUGGCACUUCUGAAUUUGCCACCUUAUUACUGGUGGAGAAUGUGUAUGUGUCUUGGGCAAAGGGGUAUCAGUCUGCUCCUUGGUGAUGCCCAAGCUGUGUCCAUUUUACAGGCAAUAGUAACAGCAUCAAAACCACAUCUCCAAUGGUGAAUUGUUGAGGGGGGUGGGUGAGAUGCCCUCUCUUUUUGGAGCAUCAUGGUAAUGUGGUGCAGGCAGUUCUCGCUCAGCUGAUGUUUGCAAUCCUCUUCACUUGCAGUGAAUUCAGAAUGCUCCCCCACCAAAAAAAAUACCCUGUUAGAAUGGCAGCUGGGAAAUUGUUCUGCCUAAAAUAUUUGUUUUCUCUCCUUGCCCCACCACUCCAACAUACUUGUCAGUUAUUAAGAUGAGGAAAGAAGAUACUGCAUUUGAAAAUUUUUAAGGGGAAGAGGAAAGUGUGGUGAAAUUCUCAUCCGUAGGGGGCAGGGGCUUUGUCUUCUGUACUUCACUUCUAAGGUGCCCAAGGCUCUGUGUGUAUGUUGGUCGUCUCUUCUUUCAUUCUACAAACCAUCACACUCCAGCAGCUUGAACUCUGCAGCACCCCUGGAUGCCCCCAUGCCCAUUAAAGCCCUCAGAGAGACACCACAAGAACUCGCCCUUUGGGGCUUUUUUCCAGAUUAGGAGGCAUGGGCAGCCAGAGAGGCUGCAGAAUGAUUUGCUGGAAAAUAAAACAUGCGCAAUAUACCCCUCUUGCAAUGAAUAAGCAAGCUCAUAACCCAACAGGCACAGUCUGCUUAAAGACAUCUUUAUGAGGCAAAAGGACAGAGCUAGAAAACUUUUGAGAAACUGGAGGAGAGAUUCCAGCACGGUGCUGGCCUUGACAGAGAUUUGGACAAGGAGUGUUACAUGCACUUUUUGGUCCCCACCAAUAUGCAGACCCUGCCCUGCUUUUUAAUUGAGUGAGCUUUGCUUAUGUGCCCAUAGUUCUGUGUGUUCUACUGCCGGCUGUGUUCUUUUUUUUUUUGCCCUGCAAAAUCAGCCACCUGCUUUGCAACCUGAGGAUCUAACCACCUUGCUUGGCAAAGACAUUAAUCUCUGCUGCUGCUGCCUUUUCAAAGAAGUUGGCUGGCCCUGUGUAUUUUUAAGACCCUGGGGGAAUUGGAUGUCCAUGAAUCAUUUUCUGUACCAAAUGCCAGGUUGUUAGAGAGUUUUUUUAAAAAAAAAACAAAAACUUUUAUAUCAAGACUGCAGGAUUGAGGGCACUGGAGAGAAGGAGGUUGGGUUUCUCUCCUCUCUCCUCUCUUCUCUCCCCCAACCCACCCCUUCCUAAGUGAGCAAUUUAAUGUGUCCCAACACAGGAGGGAGGGAUUACAAACAAUGGUUUGAUUAAUUUAAUAGGCUGUGCUGAUCUUGAUUUACCACACUUAAUUAAAAGUUGAUGUGCUCAACCACUGAGCUUAUGGCAGGUCCAAUAGCUUAGAGAGCUUGGUGGAUAGAGAGUAUUAUGUACAUGCAGAAGGUCCCAGGUUCAAUCUACAUCUACUGCAGAAGGUUGAGCAGCAAGACUGCGGAAACUGCUCUGCUUGAGGUCUUGGGAGUCUGCUGCUGCCAAUGCUGCUGCUGUUGAGAAUGCUAGGCUAGAUGGACCAGCACUCAAAUAACUCUGUACUGGACAGUUUCAUAUGUUUCUGUCCAAUCACAGUUAAAUGGUGCAGGAGAGAUGUUCUAGAGGUGGGCUGGGUGAACUUGAGAACCCACCUGGAUCUGUCCCAAAGCCUCCCUAGUCUAGCACGGUGGCUGACCAGAUGCCUUAAUGGGAAGCCCGCAAGCAGAUGGUGAAAGCACUCUCUCUAGCAGCAGUUCUCAGCAGCUGGAAUUUAGAGGCAUACGGCCUCCAACUGUAGAGGGAGACAGUAGCCACCAUUGGUAGUUUGGUGCUCCAAUGAGUUUCUUAAAACACUAUAACUUGUGAAUGAACUCCAAUGGAGAUGAAUUUUUGAAGAUUCAGGAUGCAUGAAAAAUGGAAGAGAACUGUUGAGCUAAUGUUCUGUUUGUGUGAUUCCCACAGGCAUCUUAUUGGCCACUGGCCUGCUCCAACAAGCUCCCAUGUACUUAACCCUUGCCCAGUCAGGCUUCUUUCUCCUCUAACCAUCCCUUUUUCUUCUUCUCCUUUUUAGGUCCACAUGAACCUUCUCAUCCUGGAAGCCCGGCUGCAGGCAGAGUUGCUCUAUGCCCUUCGAGCCAUCACUCAGUACAUGGUCUCCUAGAGGGCUGCAGGCGAGCACCCCCUGGACUCUGGCUCAUGCACCAUGCCAUUUCAGCGACUUCAGUUACUUGAUAGCUUUCCCUUCCCCUCUUAAGAUGUGAAGAGAAAGAUGCGCCUUUCCUCCCAGCGGUCCUCUGUUGUCUUGUGCAAUUGCUGAGCUCUGAGGAUCUGGGAGAAAGUAUUGGGUCAGAUGGCUGGCUGCGUGCAAGGGUGUUUUCUAUCCAACAGCUUUUGGAGCCAUUUCUGUCCACACAACCCUUUUGCAGACAGGUGUGUGCUGCAAAGGGUGUGGAAAGCCACAUGGUGGCUAGAUGUUUUUAAUGGGGAUGGGUGGGGUCGUCAUUGCAAUUCAUUGUUGGUCCAGUUGUAGCAGCUCUUACUGAGUUUCUGGCGUCCUUUACAGUAUUAGAGGACCCUUUCCUUGCCUUGUGCCAUUCCUGCUGCUCAUAAUUGUGCCAAUGUCUUAGCCCACUUUGGGUCUUGAAUGUUCUGUCAGUUGGGGUGGUCGGUGGCUUUAAGCCAAACUUGUGGAAAAGAUAAGUCCCUGGACUUUGAGGGAAGGACUUUCUUGCUUCCUACUGGUCCAGGGGGGAGGAGGUCUGCAGCAGCCUUCUUUAACCUGGCAUGCCCUCUGAAUGUUUGCUGUACUACAACUCCCAUCAUUCCUCUGACUGCUGGCCAUAUUUACAAGAGCUGAUGGGAGUUGGAGUCUAAUGAUGGUGGGAAAGCACCAGGUGGGCCUGCAGUGCUUCUUCCCGUGAGAGAAUUCCACUCCAUUACUCUUUCUAGAGUUGCCCUCAAUGGUCAUUUCCUGGCCUCCACUUCUGCCCUUUUUUAUAUUCCCAAAGUUGUACCAGUUUUUCAGCCUGCCUCCCGGCCACCCCAGCUGUCCCAAUUGCUUCCCCUUCCUGAAGUCUGAUUUCAUGGCUGCCUAGAAAGAGGGCUGUGACUCCCCAGCACCUUUUGGCUUUGGUUGUAGCAAAGCUACAGAGAUUCCACAGAUUCCCACCUUGCACUCCUGAACACUUUCACUCAUUGCCCAAGGUGGGUUUCCUCCAAUACGUAUCCCCUUAUUUUUUACCCCCUUCCAAGGAGCACAGUCUGAUGCUGGGAGCUGGUUCUGGGUGGGUCUCCCUGUAAUCUAUAAAUGCUCUUGCUAAGAUUUCCCCACCACCGAGCCAGGAGGGCUGGGGUCCCGUUAUAAUGCUGGCAAAUGCCACUCUGGAAACACAGCAAGCCCACUCUCCUUACUGGCACAAGGCGCUACGGUCACCCUUCAUUUGGGCAGUUGUGCAUGCUUGUUAUAUAUGUGGAGCACUGUGCACACCCUGCACCUUUUGGGAGACUCUCACUUUGUGCAAGGCAGGAUGGUGGGGAGUUUGCGGUGGAGAGAUGCUGGUGGGAAGGGACCAUUAAGAGCUGAAGACAUCAGGGAGGUCAGGAGCUGGCUCAGUGCACACAGCGGCAGCUGACCUGUUUACUGUGUAAAUGAUUUUUUUGUGGGGGGGGGGGGGAACAGAACAUCAUGUGGGAAAGAGAGUAAAAGCCUAUUUUUGCUAUAAAUAUACUUGUUCGACACUGC